UGCAGAAGCCCCGGAAAUGGCGGCGCCGGGAGGGGGCUUCGCCAGGCGGGGGUGCUGAUCCGGCCGCCGCGUCCCCUGCCCGUCCCUCCCCGCCCAUGGGCGAGACAUGGACUACGAGUUCAAGUCGAAGCUGGCGGCCGAGCGCGAGCGGGUGGAGGAUCUGUUCGAGUACGAGGGCUGCAAAGUGGGCAGAGGCACCUACGGGCACGUCUACAAGGCCCGCCGCAAGGACGGCAAAGAUGAAAAGGAAUAUGCACUGAAGCAAAUUGAAGGUACAGGGAUAUCCAUGUCGGCCUGUAGAGAGAUUGCACUUUUACGAGAGCUGAAGCACCCCAAUGUGAUUGCAUUGCAGAAGGUUUUCCUUUCUCACAGUGACAGAAAGGUUUGGCUGCUGUUUGAUUAUGCUGAACACGAUUUGUGGCAUAUUAUCAAGUUUCACCGUGCCUCAAAAGCAAAUAAAAAGCCCAUGCAGUUGCCAAGAUCUAUGGUUAAAUCCCUACUCUACCAGAUCCUGGAUGGAAUCCAUUACCUCCAUGCAAAUUGGGUGCUUCACAGAGACCUGAAACCAGCAAACAUUUUGGUAAUGGGUGAAGGUCCUGAAAGAGGAAGAGUCAAAAUAGCUGAUAUGGGUUUUGCAAGAUUGUUCAACUCACCUUUGAAGCCACUGGCAGACUUGGAUCCAGUGGUGGUGACGUUCUGGUACAGAGCUCCAGAGCUGUUACUCGGAGCCAGACAUUACACCAAGGCCAUUGAUAUUUGGGCAAUUGGCUGCAUAUUUGCUGAACUGUUGACUUCAGAACCUAUAUUUCACUGUCGUCAGGAGGACAUCAAAACAAGUAACCCUUUCCAUCAUGAUCAGCUAGAUCGCAUUUUCAGUGUCAUGGGAUUCCCUGCAGAUAAAGACUGGGAAGACAUAAGGAAGAUGCCAGAAUAUCCAACUCUUCAGAAAGAUUUUAGGAGAACAACAUAUGCCAAUAGUAGCCUCAUAAAAUACAUGGAGAAACACAAAGUCAAGCCUGACAGCAAAGUUUUUCUUUUGCUCCAGAAGCUUCUUACUAUGGACCCGACAAAGAGAAUUACCUCAGAGCAGGCUUUGCAGGACCCCUACUUCCAAGAGGAUCCUCUGCCUACGUCAGAUGUAUUUGCUGGCUGUCAGAUUCCAUAUCCCAAAAGAGAAUUCCUCAAUGAAGAUGAACCUGAAGAGAAAGGGGAUAAGAACCAGCAGCAGCAGAACCAGCACCAGCAGCAGGCAGCGGCCCAGCCGCCGCCGCAGGCCCCGCCGCCGCCGCCGCCGCAGAACAACAGCGCCCAGACCAACGGGACGGCGGGGGCGGCGGGCGGCGGGGCGGCGGGCGCGGGGCUGCAGCACAGCCAGGACGCCAGCCUGGGACAGGUGCCCCCCAGCAAGAAGCCGCGCAUCGGGCCGUCGGGCGCCAACUCGGGCGGGCCGGUGAUGCCCGCGGAUUAUCAGCACUCCAGCUCGCGCCUGAGCUACCAAAGCAACAUUCAGGGAUCUUCUCAGUCCCAGAGUACAAUGGGCUAUUCCACGUCGUCUCAGCAGAGCUCCCAGUAUCACCAGUCUCACCAGUCUCACCGGUACUGAGCGGGCUGGCAGAGAGCACUCGGAAAGGAACGGACUAAAAGCCAGAAGACUCCAGCAAUAUGAAGUUCAUCCCGACGAGAAGAACCAAAAAUACAAACUGUGAUGCAGAGUUAAAAUUCAUGGUGACAAAAGGAAAACUUCCCUCACUGAAGAUUCCCCCCCCCUCUCCCCUCCCCCCCCCCCUUUUUUGCCAUAAAGGAGAUUCUCGUGGAGUUUUCCUCCUUCCCUGCCCUUGCAUGUGCUCCAUUGUGGUUACUCUGAUGAACCCUUCUGAUCUGAACCCAGCACUUAACUUCUUUAACCUUUGGAAUUUUGAAGGAUUCCUGGUGCACCUUCCUUAUGCUGUAGUGAUUGCCAUAAAUCUGUCUUUUCAAUCUCUUUGAUGGGAUUUUAAAGUUUUAAAAUCUUGGAACUCCCAGGCUUUCAAGCUUGUAUAUAGUUAGUUUUGUACUAGGCAAACCAGUUUAGCUAUACAGGUAUAUUGCACCUUUUUAAAGCACUAUGUUAUUUUCACAGGAUAUUACUGUUUUGCUCAUGGAUGUCAAGAACAGCAAAAUUUUACUGUUCCAGAGUAUUUUACUAUUCUGUUUUUAUUAGUCUAGUUUUCAGGCGAGGUCUUAAGAAUUAAAAAAAAAAUAAUAAAUAAAUUAAAAAAUAAAUAAAAUUUAAAAAGAAAAAAGGAAAAAAGGAAAAAAAAAACACCCACACUCACCCAAGUCUCUGCAGUGACAAAUAUGCUUCAUGCUACUGGACUGAAGGCCAAACAGAAGAUUGCUGAUAUUUCUUAACUCAUUCACAUUGAAUUCUUGAAAUCACAGUGAUCAUGCUCUGGCUACUUUAAAAUUAAACAUUAUUUUAAAUGAAACCAGGACAGUCACAUAAAAAGGAGAUGCUUUCAGAAUCUCUUGGAACAGAAGAGUGGAAUGUCUUCCCAGGCUGGACACCAAAAUAGUCAGGAAAAUAUAUUUACUGCCCUCAAGUCUCAGUAAGAAUGUGGAUGAUGGGCUUGUUUUUCUGUUAAGCAGCUGAUUAAUGUAUGUGAGAAUUCUAUAAGCUGAGCUUUCUUUCACAUUCCUGAGUCAGUUUUCUAAAUGUAAAGGUGACAGAAAUGCUAAGACUUGUGAAAACAAAUACAUUUAAUCAUUUUAUGUUUGAAUUAAUAAUGAAGAGAAGUUAUUGUGCUCUUUGAAAAGCACGUUGGACACUGUUCCUUUUCCAUGUUUGAAAUGCAGAUUAUGUGUCCCUCACAUUGCUGGGAUGAACCCAGAUUAGUUACACCAGAUGCACUUGAUUGCACUGAAAUGUUUCCUUUUCCCUAGAGCAAACAUGUUUGGAUUGUGCCUAAGGACUCUAAGUGGACGGGUAGCUGGCAGAAAAUCCCCAGCAAAAAAGCAGGAGUUCAGAAGCAUCAUCAGAGGAUUAUUGUCCAGCUCCUGCAACCACAGUUAUUCAGAGAGACACAGUGUGGAAUCUGGGACAGCUUCAUUUUUCCUGCAGCCUUUGGAAGCAAGGCUGGCUUUUGGUGCAGAAAACCUGGAAAAAUGCAUUUAGAAAGCUACCAGCAAUGUCCCUUCAGUGAGCUUCUGCAGCUGGUGUCCAGAGAGGAGGAGAAGAGUUUCUGUGUCAGCAGUUCAUGUUGCAGGCUGUUAUGCUGCAGUGUGUUCUCUUCUGUCCUGUGUCCAUACAACAGAAUUGUAUGUAUCUCUGCACAUUCCCACUGAACCUGUGAUCAGACCCAACAAGAGGAGUCAAUCUGUUUGCUCAGAGGAGAAUGCUUUUCAUCACAACUAGACAUGGACAUGUUGCUACUGGAUUCCAUCUCCCAAUCACCUCUAGUGCCCCCUUCCUUCUCAAGCACGUGUUGUUUCCACGCCUUUUGUGAACAGUUGGCUUGCUUUGCCCAUAUCUACCCUCCUGUGGUUGUGACAACACCCAGCUCCUCUGGAAAAGCAGUGAAAACCUGCUUGUGUCAUCAAAGGGGUGAGAAGGUGGUGAAAAUGCAAUGAAGCAAUUUGAAGGAAAACAAAAUAUUUGGGGGGAAAUCUCCCAAAGGAUACUUUCAGUGUGUAACCCUUGAGAUGCCACAUAUUAUCUGUACCCUAGAAGCCUGUUUGAAAGAACAGAUUGUUUCUUUAUUCCAUUAGGGCUGAGGUCACAUUCCUUCCAUAAAUGGAAAGUCUCACCUCUUACUGAUGCUGGGGUGAGGUGCCUUUGAGCUACUGGAAAUUUGGCCAAUGCCAUAAAGUAACAUUUACUUUAUAUUUUUGAAUGCCACACUUCUGGAAAUUAACCUUUGGCAGAGUAGUUUUUUUUCUUCUCCAGUUCUUCUCACCCUUCUGUUCUCUCAGAAUCCUUUUGUCUUUUCCCUGACAGUUAUCUAACAUUUUUUUCUCCCUACUGUGACCUGCAGCUGAUCAUCAAAAUUCAUGUCACGUCAGGAGGUGGCAGGAAGAUGUGUUACCUUUUGGUUAAUUAAGGUGGGCUCUCGUGUCAAUGAGGCAAAGUUGUGGUGUAGAUUAACCUGUGUGUAGAGUGUGGAACUUCACAGCAGUGUCAGGUGCUCCAGUUGUGUGAGCUUCCAGCUUCUAGAGCAGCUGCCACGACCUCUCUCUGGGCUGGACCGGCGUUUCUCCCUUGGGUAGGUCUGCAGUGCCCACGCGUUGCUCCUCUCUAGCUUUGGUGUGCACACCUGAAGCCCAGCUGACCUCCUCCCUUGCCUUCAACUCACAACUAGGAGGAGAGCAGAGAAAAGGAAAAACAUUUGCUGCGAGAUGUAGGCUGUGCACUCUUCUGGCUCCUUCCGGGGGGAAUAAUUGGCCUUUUCUCGGGAGCUGGGCUGGGCGGGUGGUGGCUGAGCUGCCGGGUGGGUGGCAGUCAUGGUGGAAGAAGCCUCGUGCCUUCCAGGGCUCCUCCCAGCAGGUAAAAACAUUCUGCUUUCAGAAGCGAGUCGUGCAGUGUGUCAUGGGAAGCCAAGACUACACCAUUUUUAGGUUGUUGUUUUGCCCGUGCAGUUUCCUUAGUGCUCCCAGCUCUGUCUCUGCCCUCAACCCAAGAGUUUCACAGCGGUACCGAGAGGCAGGUGGCACCGGCAGAGGUGGCUUCUCCAUCCUGCUCACCUGGUGGGAGAGCAGGCUGCUAAAUACAGCUUUGCCCAUGGUGGCUCAGAGGAAACAAACCCCUGGGGAACAAAUGGCAGGAGCAGCCUGGUCCACAGGGGUGAAGUUUCUGUAGCUCAAACUGCACAAAGAAGAAAAAACCAGAGGGAAGGCUGCGGGUCUGGCACUGUGUCUGUGACACAGUAUCUGGGGAGGGGUGGCGGGCAGCUAGAAGUGUUCAAAUCUGUAUAAUAUUUUAUAUAAGCAUAAUAAGCUUAGUUCCCCUUCAUAAUCUUCAGGAAUGGUACUUUAACACCAUUAAGCAAAGAGUUGUUUUAGGCUUGAAUAAAUGUAUUGUACAUAAGGCCAUACGUAAUCCUCUAAAAACGUCGCCAGACGGGAGCGAUGUGUCUUGCUAUAUGGAAAAAAAAAGUCCUUAAUGCACUGUUAUCUCCUAAAUAUUUAGUAGUAAAUUAAUACUAUUUAAUUUUUUUAAAAAUUUGUCUUGUGUAGACACUAAAAAGUAUUACACAAAAUCUGGGCAGAACAUGUCCUUUUUAACAGCAAUUGAAAGAACUUUUUAUAUAUGUACGGUAGUAACUUUUCAGGUUGUUCUAGUUGUCUUUUUCCCAUGUUUACUAUUUGUGGAAGUGUGCCUGUCUCUAUUCAGUUAAUUUUUUUAUUUUUAUUUUUUUCCUAACUAUUUCACGCACGUGUCUCUCAUUUUUGUAGUUUUUCUUAGAAAUUAUUGUGGAUGCUCCUUGUGCUGCCACAAGACUUUGUGGCUCUUUAUCUGUGGUGGCCACACUGGGCAGUGCCCGUGCCAACGGGCCAGCAAAACCACAAAACAAAAUACUUGUUUCUCAUUCUAGAGUUGAGAGUUUACUCCUUUUCAGUUGUCCUGAUGUCACUCUUUAAAUGACUGUUAAAACCUAAACUAUGAGUUCAUUGCAUUUAUUUUAUAUUCUCGGUUGUAAUGAAAUGGAAUUGACUUUGCUUCAGUGUGAAUUUUUUUAAUAAAAUAAUAUACAUUUGUAAUAAUAAUAAAAAGUUCCAAUCAAAGAA